AUACCUAAGUGGUACUACAGCAAGUUCAUGGUACUUCAAUCCUGGAAUUCCUGAGGCGCAGACCUACUACAGCAGGUUGCAAAACAAUGACCUCCAACUAAUACAACCCACAGCAGCCGAAGAAGAAAUCCAGGUUUCUCAACCACCAAAUUUGGAACACAAGACUGUUGAAGAGCUGCUCGACAUAGAUCCAGACAUGUUUCCCCCAGAAGGCUACAGAUGCACUGUUACUAUCUCACGCAUUGUGCAAAACAGCAAAUGGUGGUACCCAUCUUGCUCCAGGUGCCACAAAUCUUCAUCUCAAACUUCAACUGGAUAUCACUGCACAUCAGGUGGCUGCACAGAUAUUAACUUUAGAUACAAGCUCAGCUUCAUUGCUACUGAUGGGACAUGUGAAGCAGAGUUCUUUUGUUUUGAUAGCAUAGCCAGAAAAAUAGUAGGAAAACCUUGUGACAACCUUGUUACAGCAGUUACAACUUCUCAGGGUCCCCCAGCAGCCCUAGCCGCUAUUGUGUGUCUGAAAUUUACCCUUGCAGUUGCCAUCAAUAUGUCAGCCUACUCAGUCACAAAUAGAGUCUUCUCUAUUCUGUCUAUUUUAACAAAUCAUGGAAGACAGUCCUUCAUACCAUCUAACAUGCCUAGCCAUCCUCAACAAGAGUUGCAUACACAAGAUGAAAUACCUAGCCUUCCGACCACACAAGACUCUCCAGCAACAUCAAUGGCAAAACUAUCUACCUGUAGCAACGAAAAAAACGAGAUAUGCCGCAUGACACAGAGGUACCUUUAG